AGAAGGCCGGGUUUCUCUUCUCAACGAUCGACGAUGGCGUCGCGGUUGAUCUAUUCUUCUGCCACCAGAUUGCAUCCCUCCAAAUCCCCGUUUAUGACUUUAUUUAGAAAUACUCGUUUUUUUUCAAGUGAGUCCAACAAAAUAGAUGAACCAUUUAAUGUUGAGGAAGCUGAAACUGUAAAUUUGCCUCCUAGAGAGAAGAUACUGGUGCUUGGUGGAAAUGGGUUUGUUGGCUCACAUAUAUGCAAAGAAGCUUUGGAUCGUGGCCUAGUAGUUGCUAGCCUUAGCAGAACAGGAAGGCCACCCACACAAGAACUGUGGGCAAACAAUGUAUUUUGGCACAAAGGAAACCUUCUUUCAAAUGAUUCCUGGAAGGAAGCACUUAAUGGAGUAGCUUCUGUUAUAUCGUGUGUAGGCGGCUUUGGCUCUAACUCACACAUGUAUAAGAUCAAUGGAACAGCCAACAUAAAUGCUAUAAGAGCUGCUGCCGAAGAAGGGGUAAAAAGAUUUGUUUACAUUUCGGCUGCUGAUUUCGGUUUUGUUAAUUACCUACUGCAAGGCUAUUAUGAGGGAAAGAGAGCUGCUGAAACAGAACUUUUAACUCGAUAUACCUAUGGAGGUGUGAUUUUGAGACCUGGAUUCAUCUAUGGGACUCGUCGUGUUGGGAGCAUGAAAUUGCCCCUGGGUGUAAUUGGCUCUCCUCUUGAGAUGGUUCUCCAGCAUGCAAAACCAUUGAGCCAGUUACCCCUUGUUGGCCCUUUGCUGUCUCCGCCCAUUAAUGUCACUGCCGUGGCAAAAGUAGCUACAAGAGCAGCUACAGACCCGGUCUUCCCUCCUGGGAUUGUCGAUGUCUAUGGCAUACUACGUUACAGUCAACAGAAGUCUGUAUAGAGGAGUUUCUUUUACGUCAAGUGCUAAUUGACAUAAUCUAUUUUCAUCCCUCUACCGUUCUACCCCUCCCCCCUCAUGCUCUCUUUCAUUCUUAAUUGUAUUUUUUUCCAUGUUCAUAUGCAAAGUCAAUAAGGAGUUGGUUUUGAACCAUAUAUUUUAAAUCAAACGAGCUGUGCCUGCCCCAUAUGGUAUUGUUUUUUGUAUUUUAUGAUUUCUACUAUAAAUAAAAGUAGGAUAUCGGUUUGGUUAUACUACUGCCAGUUCUGGACACUGGUGCAUGUUCCCGGUA